CCUCACCAUCUCACACAGCAAGAGGGUCACCACACAGCUACAAUCUUCGACCGCCACACUAGCUCUAUCGCAUACCAGCACCCAUCAUGCGCUCGAAGUUCAAAGACGAGCACCCAUUCGAGAAGCGAAAGGCCGAAGCCGAGAGAAUCCGAGUGAAGUACCCGGACAGGAUCCCCGUGAUUUGUGAGAAGGCAGACAGGACAGACAUCCCAACUAUCGACAAGAAGAAGUAUCUGGUACCUUCGGACCUCACCGUUGGUCAAUUCGUCUACGUCAUUCGCAAGAGGAUCAAGCUAUCGCCAGAGAAGGCCAUUUUCAUAUUUGUAGACGAGGUGUUGCCGGCGACUGCCGCUCUGAUGAGUGCCAUCUACGAGGAGCACAAGGACGAGGAUGGUUUCCUCUACGUCAGCUACUCUGGAGAGAACACUUUCGGUAUCGAGAGCGCAUAGAGGUUUGAAGCAAGAGGUCCAAGAUGACCCAGUAGGUGGUUCCAACCACUCAGCCCUCAUCUGUGUUCGGCCAGGACGCCAACGACCUGUACAGAUUCAUCGCAAGUGCUACCUCUCACGUCUAGUCGCAAGCGUGGGAGGGCUGGCUACUGCUCUGUUAUUGGCCUCUCUCUCUCGCCACUCUCCUGUUGCGAACUUCGCUUCUUUGUCCCUGCUGUCUCGACCAGAAUCUCAGCGCCUCGUUCGUGUGACUUUGUUGCUAUGCUCGACAGACCCAUGUAAGACUAUAUACUCUACCUCG